AGUAGCGGCCCAGACCAUGUUCGAACAUAAUAAUAGCAUUAACUGUACAUCAAAGAUAUAUAGUAAGGAAAAACUUUUUAUACCUCAUGUUUCAACACUCAAUGCUAUGGCUAUAUUAUAUAGUCUCGCUUACGGUUGGAAAGCCCCUGAUAAGAAAUUCGGUGAGCUGGUGGCAAACUUUACGCUGUUGAGGGAUUGCAUUGAUGCAGCUUUACAUAGCACAUCCACUGAUGAAGAAUGA